CUUGAUUUGUAUUAUACAACUGAGCUAUACACCCUUGAUAGAGGGUUAGGUUGAUUCAAAAGAGGUUCUAAUAAAAUAGUGGACCAGUUGGCCAUCUCACCAAAAUUCCCUUGAGGCGGCCAAAUUUAUGGAUGGAAUAACAUAUGCAGUAUGUACAGACAAAAGUAUUCGGUUAUUGGGGAUAAAUCAAUAUACUUCUAAUGUCGAAUCGGGAUCAACUAGGACAGAAAUAAAGCAUUGGGUCGAAACCAGUCCUCCAGUUCAGGAAGAAGGAGUGGGAUCUGUUGGAUUACUCCCUCGGUUUCCAACUGGAUCUCUCUCACUUCAAGAAUAUGAUGGAGGUGUAUCGGAAUACCUACAAACGAGUCUUCCUCACAAAGAUAUCCCGAUAGAUGUAGGGUUGGUUUACACUUUAGAAGGAAUAGUACCAAUGCUAUUACUCCACCAAUUGCAAUUCCCGAGGUUGAACAGAGAGGAUCGGGCUAAACUGCUGGUUUAAGAGAAAGUAAGAGGUUUGUUUCGGAGUGUCCGAACGUAUGAUUCAAAAUAAAUGAAAUCUCAUUAUCUCACAGCCGAACCAUAUGUCGGGCGCGCACGCCGCACUGCCGGACGUGCGCCGGAUCUACCCCCCACCCCCGCGCCACAAAGUCGACGAGAAAAAACUCAAACUACAAAAAACCACACUCCACUAAACUUACUGACCAACGAUUGCAAUAGCCGAGAAACUACCAAAUUACAAUAUUUUAUAAAUUAGCUUUGUCUACCAGCCAAAUGUGAGAAUAUUAAAAUCUGAUGUUUUCUUGAGCACCCCAACAGACUCACAAAGUGGUGAUUCAAAAUAAAUGAAAUCCCAUGAUCUCACAACCCAACCAUGUGUAGCGCACGCGCGUGCCCUCCCCUUCCUCUCUCCCCCCCCCCCUUGUUGUAAAAUUUUUCCAAAAUACAAAAUGUCGAAGAUGGAAUACUUAUCUAUCCCAUUUCUCCCUUUCCCACCCACAAUUCCCUGUUUGAAAGAAAGGAACCAUACAAAGCGGUGAACCCUCAUGAACUCGUGGCUUAUGGUGUCUCCUCCUACCGCCACCGCCGUCGCUACCGCAAGAUGUGGAUUAUGAGGCGCCGGAAACACCAUAAAGUACUCUACUGAUCAAUGUUACUUCUUAUCUUGACGUGUUCCCGCAUCUAACUAGGCGUGAAACCCCUAAGCGAGGCGUUUUACCAUUGCCUUGUUCCUAGACGUGACUAAGAGUGGAAAAAACCAUAUAAAUGUGAACCUGUGUUAACUUCUUUCUUCUUCUUCUUCUUCUUCUUCAGUUCUCUGCAAGUUGGUGGUCCUCGAAUUGACCUUAAACUUGUGUUGCACAUGUUCAAAGUAAGAAAGUUCUCGUGUGGUUGAUGUCUUCCGUGGGUGACCCUUCUUAGGUUGUGUCCCACGUGGCUCAUCUAGUCCAUCAUCUUCAUGGUGAAGAUGACUCCGCAAAAGGCCAAUGGCUGCUCGGAUUGUAGCAUUAUCUUUAAUAAAAAAACUCUGUCACUGGCAUAUUUAAAGUCAAACGAACAGAAUGCUCUCAAUCCUCCCACUCUUGUUGGUUGGGAGGAUUUCGAUAAUUCAAAAUUGACCAAAAAAUGUCUAAGUCCUUAAUUGCAAAAUCACGUUGUUCCAUUCGAGCUCACCGAAUCAUGAAUCUACAUGGUAAACCGAGUAUUCUUGGGAAAAUACAUUGGUAAGAUUUUCCUUGUUAUUUGGUCCAAAGAAAUAACAGGUUAUCUGAUCCAGAUAAAUAACCUGUUAUUUUGCUAGAUAAUGAAACUUAAGCUAAAGUAAGGUACAUCUAAAGACAUGUGUUUCAUUAAUUUUAUUACUUGCUUACCCCAUGCUACACCCGGUCGUUCUUUAUACUUGGAAUCCGAUUGGGAAGUUGUAGUUAGUGCGAGCCAAGUUUUUGGCCCCAUUGCAGGGGACAUUCUAGGUUAUCAACAAAAGGCCUAGGUUGUUAGUUGAGCCGUUUUGUUUUUGUUUUAUGUUCUGAUGACCCACUCUUCGCUCCGAAGGGUGGUUUGUGUUUGUUUGAUUUUCUUUUUGUGCCUGUAGUUUGAAUCAUGGAUCCAAAUGGCUUCGGCAACAUAUGGUGAGAUCCAAAUUGGAGUUGGCCAUGGAGGCUAUCAUGGGGGCAUUCCUCAAGACCAUGUGACACUCCACAAUCGAAGUCGACUCACCAAUUAAAGCUCAUGGUGGAGCUGUUUCCCCAAGGCACCGAGGAAUGAUGCUCGAAUUUGGAUUUCCCACAAUCCAAAGAGAAGUCUAAGUUAGAUCUAGCUAUGGAAAACUUCAAGGCAAGCAACUCAUUGGAUAUUGUCAUGGAGAAAUUUGAAGAAACAUGCUUUGACAUGGAUUUCCAACCCCUCCCUCCUCCUAUUUUGACAUUACAAGUGAAGGUUGCACAAGCUUGUGCAUGCUUUCAUCUCAUACCAUUUGAAGGAAAAGAUGAGGCUGAGAAGGAAAUCCAUGAGCACUUUGAUGAACAAGAAAAACUCAUCCCGGAGAACUCAUGUAAUGAGUAUGAACAAGAAGAAACCCAUUUUGCACUCCACACCUCUCCCCAUCAUGCAACCAACUUUAAGAAGCAAGUCACGAUGGUUAAGUAGCAAUAUAACCCUUUCAAUGACCUUGCAUGUCGUCUUGCACUCCAAUUUUUCCUUGAAGAGACGAAUGGGAAGGUAGAGAAGGGGUUGAGGAAAAAGAAGUAAGUGUUGAAGAAGGGGAAGAUCUUUAUCGUUCCAAAUGGAAGAAAAAAUUGAGGAAGAAGGAAGGUAGUUUGAUGAAUCAAAUGGUGUGCAAGAUGAGGACGAGGUGAGGUGGAUGAAGCAUCCACGAGUUACGAGUGCUACCAUAGUUUUCCACUCAACCUUGAUGCACUUUUAGAGGACUUUUUUGUGACUCUUUUCCAAGCCAAGGCCAAACCAAUAUCGAUCCCUCUUGGUGGAUGCAAUGGUGGUCAAUCGAUGAUUUCCUACAUGGUGUGGGGCUAAGAGAAGAAAGAAGAAAAGAAGAAGAGGUCCCGUGGGUGGAGCCUCAAAACUAUUCAAGUUCACGAGCCUCAAAUUAUGAACUCAUCCAAUGCUCGUGACUUGAGACACUAACUGACCGGCGAGAACCUCAACUUGAAGGAGAUUUUGGGAUGGACCAAUACUUAGGAUCCACUGUCCGGCUCACGACGUUAAAGUGCUAGUGAUAAGGAUGAAUUUGCACAUGUUUGCACCUUUAGUUCUUAUCCGUUUGCGGCUAGUAGUCGUGUAUUUUUGGCCCGUUUUACGCUGGGUUGUGCUACUUUGUCAUAUUUCAGGUCCCAGACGUCGAAGGAAAGGCUAAGCACGAAAUUCGGGGCAUUUGGAGGUCAUUUGGUCAAGCUCUGGGCAAAACACGGGCAGGAGGCCUGAAGAACACGGUCGUGUACACAAACAGGCACGCGCAGUGUUUUUAUGUGCGAGAGCUAAACUGAUGGAAAAGCAAAACACGGGCUGGCCUAAAGAAAAACACGACCAUGUCCAUAUUUAGUCACGACCGUGUUUUGGCCGACGCGGGAGUGUUUUUAACACGUGGCAAGGGCACGGACGGGCAAAAACAAAACACGACCGUGCCCUCGACCGUGUUUUGCCGAGAAUCGGGUUUUUGAGGCAGAUUCGAGCCAAAGGAGCUAUUUGGAGUGGAUUUCUCACCAUUGAAGCCCAUAUUGCAUCCCCAGGAGUGAAGAUUGACAUUCCAGAGCAGAUUCUUCCCAUUGUUAUGAGUAUGACUACUCUGAUUUUUGUUUCCCUCUUUCUCUCUGUGGAGUAGAACUCUCUCUCACUUGGGUAUGAAGAACCCUAGUUCCAUGUGUUAGAAAUCUUGAUUGUAAUUAUGUUUGGAUUGUGAUAUUUCUUGAUUAUAAUCGAUUGAAGUGUUUUGAAUGAGUCAAUUGAAGUCUGAUCAUCUUUUAUUGAUUUUUGCUGCAACCUGAGAUAGAUAGAAUCUGAUUAGGUUGUUAGAGCUUCUUCAAUCGGUAGUAGUGAAUUGAUUAUACGAGAGUUAGUCAAUUCACAGCUUUGUACUGGAAUCUAAUUCCAGUAGUGGAGUUCUGUGUUCAUUGCCUCAGCGUUCUAUCCUGGUGAAUAUUAGUCGCCUGCCGGGUAGUUUGACUGAGAGGGCUUGGCCAGCUUAAGAGAUUCCAGCUACUGCCGGAUCUUCCACAGUAUAAUCAGCAGUAAAGCAACCAAAAGUAAUUAUAAUUGUGACCUAACUAAGGAGCUAGGGGGACUCAUUCCCGAGUGACUCUUCCCUUGCUUUAGAAAACCAAACCAUUUCCUGCUUUCUUACUACUUUUAGUUAAAAUCACAAUCACUCGACUUAGUUUGCUAGAUAAUAGAUAAUCACGGAGUAG